AUGUCGAGGGGUGGUGUUGGAUUCACUCUGAAGGAGCGCCUACCAACUAAAACCCCUCUACCUCAGGCCGUUCUAGGACCAGUGCAGUUGGUCCUCUUCAGCCAUAUUUGGGGAAUUAAGGUGGUCGAUGAAAUCAUCGGGGAGAUCUGGGGUAAUGGACAGGAGUCGGGCGGGAGGGAAAGUGACUUUUUGUUUGGGUUUGGUGGUUAUUCUGCGGGGAGGUUGUGUAAGUGUACGUGUGGAGAUGGGGUUAUUUGUUUGGAUGGCCCUUUUAACAAAUUUGAUUUGAAGUGUGACGAUACGGUCUGUGAUGGGUGGGAUAUCUACGAUGUUAAAAAAGUUGUUCCUAUCUUAAUCGUCCAUGGAAUACUUGGAUCGUCUGCUGAUUGGGUAUUACUUGGGCCAGAAAAAGGCCUCGCAUACAUUCUAGCAGAUGCUGGGUAUGAUGUUUGGAUGGGAAAUGUCAGAGGAAACACUUACUCAAGGAAUCAUACUUGUUUGGAUCCGAAAUUUUGGGACUUCAGCUGGCACGAAAUUGGUUUCUACGAUUUACCAGCUAUGAUAGACUAUACACUUGAAACAACAAACAACGAGAAACUGUUCUAUGUUGGCCACUCUCAGGGAACUACCGCUUUCUAUGUAAUGACGUCGAUCAAACCAGAAUAUAAUACAAAAAUAAGGGCGCAGUUCAGUAUGGCUCCAGUAGCUUACAUGAAUCAUAUUUUCAGUCCAUUUGUAAGGAUUUUCUCCUUUAUCAGAAUUCCUGUAAGAUUUUUGCCAAGAAGCGAACUAAUAGCAAAUUUGGCCGCUGUAUGGUGCAGUGAUGAUUCGAUGUCCCAAUUUAUAUGUCGAAAUGCAUUAUUUGCAAUAACUGGUUUUAACAAAAAACAAACGAAUGAUACAAUGUUACCUAUUAUUUUUGGUCACUCUCCUGCAGGAUCGUCUACAAAACAAUUCUUACACUUUGGUCAACUCGUUCAUUCAGGAAAGUUCCAGAGAUACGAUUAUGGUUACUUGGGAAAUUUUAAAAAAUACGGUUCUUUAAAUCCACCUUCGUACGAUUUAAGUAAAUCUACCGCCCCAGUAUAUUUAUUUUACAGUACAAACGAUUGGCUGAACUCUGAGGAAGACGUUUUGAAACUCGAAUCGUCUUUAGGAAACGUAAAAGGAAAAUUCUUGAAUCCUGAUCCGAUGUGGAACCACAUGGAUCACAUAUACGGCAUUGACGCAAACAAUCUCAUUUAUAACAGGAUACUCAACCUAAUGCAACAUCAUUAG